CCAAAUCUCCACCCAUUCUGAACAGAGCAUUCCUUUUGCUCUACCUUAUAAAAAGGUAUGGUUGUGCCAAAGGAGACCAGAACACUCCUUCAGCCUCUUUGAAAACGUCUUGUGACCAGUCAGAAGGAUGAAGCUCCUGGCACUUUGUGGCUUUUUGUUUGUAUGUCUCUUGUGCCUCAGUGCCUUUGCUGCAGAAGGUCGGGAGGUUAGAAAAGUCUGCUGCUCAGUAGUACCCAAACACAACAAAAAAGCACAUAAAGGUGUAAGUUCCAAAAUGACUCCAAAGAAAAUAAAGAAAUACUGCAGGCCUUGUCCUCAGUUUCUGGUGGCUCCUGGACCCCUUCCACAGCUAAAAUGAGAAGACUGAGAGGAGAGGGAAAGGCAUCUGCCCAUCAACAGAUCUCACAGUCCUUCACUUGAUUGAGGGCCCUCCUUUCACAGACAGCACAUGCGUGUAUAUUGCUUUUUGUUUGGGAAAGGCUUCAGUACUGUUUAUUCCUUCACUCAGGCACCUUUGUUUUAUUAAUACUAACCUGGCAGUUAAAAA